CGGCCUCUUUCCCGCUCUGCAGUUCCCGCCCCGCACACUGCUGGUGACGUCACAGGCGGCGAUGAUGGCUGAACCGGGCCCCGGGCGAUCUCUGGGCUCCUAUUCCCCGGUAGACUACAUGAGCAUUACCAGCUUCCCCCGACUGCCCGAGGAGGAGACCGGGGGCGAGCCCGUGCCGAGAACCGGGGAGGAUGACACCUUCCUGGGGGAGCAUGACUCCGACCCGGACGCCUUCCUUAGAUCUGCACGCCUGCAGCGGCUGCCAUCUUCAUCCUCCGAGAUGGGGAGCCAGGACGCGUCCCCCCUCAGAGAGACCAUCAAGGACCCUUUCAGCUCCGACUGCGGCUGUCGCCAGGAUGGUCUCACGGUCAUCAUCACCGCCUGCAUCACCUUUGCUCUUGGCGUCACAAUUGCGCUUAUAAUGCAGAUUUAUUUUGGGGACCCCCAGAUCUUCCACCAGGGGGCAGUAGUGAGCGACGCUUCCCACUGUACGGCCCUGGGUAUCGAAGUGUUGGAGAAGCGCGGCAGCUCCGUGGACGCCGCCAUCGCUACCGUCCUGUGUCUCGGGAUCGUGAAUCCGCACACGUCGGGCAUCGGAGGAGGGGGGGUGAUGCUCGUCCAUGACAUCAGGAACAACGUGACAGACGUCAUUGAUUUCCGGGAGACGGCGCCGUCCGGGAUACACAGCGAGCUCCUGCAGCACUGGAAACACAAGCCGGGGAUUCUGGUCGCAGUUCCGGGGAUGCUGAAGGGGUUGGCAAAGGCUCACGGCAUGUAUGGGAAGCUUCCGUGGUUGGAUGUAAUAUCUAAAGUGGAGGCGGUGGCCAGUGGAGGAUUUAACACAACGCAUGACCUGGCUAAGGCCAUCAGUGACCUGAAGGAAGACGAAUUGUCCAACGGCUUUCAAGAGAUUUUCUUCCCACAUGGGCUUCCCCUAACACCCGGAACGUUUGUCAGAAGACCCGACCUGGCAGCUGUUUUGCACGACGUUGCGACCCGAGGGGUGGAUGCCUUCUAUUCAAGCAACCUAACUGGAGAAAUGGUGAAUGAGGUUAAUGCACAAGGAGGCGUAAUAUCAGAGGACGACUUUACUAAUUAUAACGCAACUGUAGAGAAGCCUGUAGAAACCUUAUAUCAAGGCCAUCUGGUGUUUGCUCCUCCGGCCCCUCAUGCUGGCCCCGCACUUAUAAGUGCCCUCAAUAUUCUGGAAGGGGCAAACAUGACGAAGCACACGUCUCGUGCGAGUGCCCUGCAUUGGAUGGCAGAGUAAGGCAGAAGCGAGUUUUUUCCGGAAGAAGAUAAAUGAGUUCCAUGCGGCGUAUCCGAAAGAAUACGUUCCCUUCCAUUCCCUCCACGUGGGCCCAGCAGCGAGCCAAGCCCUGGUGGUGGGUCCGGACGACUUUAUUGUGGCCGUGGUCAGCUCUCUGAACCGGCCUUUCGGCAGCACCAUAAUGACUCCGUCCGGCAUCCUCCUCAACAGCCAAAUCCUGGACUUUUCCUGGAGCAAUAAUAGCAGCAACCUGUCCUCUCCGAACCCCCAAAACAUUGUUGAACCGGGGAAGAGGCCUCUGUCUUUUCUGCUGCCCACGGUGGUGAGACCGGCACACGGGCUUUGUGGAACGUACCUGUCUCUUGGUGGAUCCAAUGGGGAGCGAGCGUUGUCUGGCAUCACCCAGGUUCUCCUAAACGUCUUAUCAUUUAAUAGGAAUCUAAGUGACAGCGUAUCCCAGGGGCGACUCCAUCCCGAUCUCCAGACCAAUCUCCUGCAGAUUGACAGUGACUUCCCAGAAAACGACACCGAGGACCUGGAAUCCAGAGGACAUCAGGUGGACCGGACGCCCAUCUUGUCCUUGGUGCAUGGACUGCGCAGGAGUAAUGACCUCAUUAUCGGCAUUAAGGACCCUCGCAGCGUAGACGCAGAAGCCGCCACCAUUUUGUGAACUCGGACCCGAAUGUACUAAGUAUCCCGGACACUCUGGCCACGCCGCCCCUCUGGACUUUUUCUAACGGGUUUUUAAGGGGUAUUUUCACCUUUCGCCAUUACACACCGAUGACCAAACAUGAGGGGAUAUCUUCUCCAUAGGACGCCAGGAACGGAUUGUGGAGCGCCUACGUUAGUUUGGCUCCGAAAAAGGAAACGGGGAAAAAACGGGAAAUGAAUAGGAAAACUAAAAAUUUUAAAAUUAAGAUAAAAAAAUUGUUGUUCGAGGAGAAACGUUUGUGCAGAAAUCUGAAGAAAUGUCUUAAUUCUGCUCCAUUUCCACCUAUGGACGAGCCGGAGGCCGGGAUUUGGCUGCAGGGGAGGGACUCCGCUUGUCCCUCCGGGUCUCCUCGGCUUUUCAUUCAGAAAAGUUAUUUAUUUCAUGUGAAUUAGCACUUAUGGGGGAAACUAAUCAGACACCUCCGGAGAUAUUUAUGGAGGAACUUAUUAUUUUUUAUUUUUUUACUAUUUGGAUUAAGGUUAAAAAAAACAUUAGGGUGUGUUUCCUUUUUUAUUUAAUUUAUUUUUUCUUCUCUCCUUUAACUGCCGAAGUUAUCCUAGGUGGUAGGGAUGUCCCAAUACCAUUUUUAGGGAAUUCCUCCUAUCAAGUAGAUGCCCUCAUUAAGUUGUUUUCCUCAAUAAUUCUCCUCCAACAGAAAAUAAUAAUAAUCCCUCUCACCUUCCCUCUGCUCCUGAAGGACCUUCUCCUCUGCUCUGUUAGUGGUCAAGGACCUUCUCCUCUGCUCUGUUAGUGGUGAAGGACCUUCUCCUCCGAUCUGUUAGUGGUGAAGGACCUUCUCCUCUGCUCUGUUAGUGGUCAAGGGCCUUCUCCUCUGCUCUGUUAGUGGUGAAGGCCUUCUCCUCUGCUCUGUUACUGGUGAAGGCCUUCUCCUCUGCUCUGCUCUGUUAGUGGUGAAGGGCCUUCUCCUCUGCUCUGUUAGUGGUCAAGGACCUUUUCCUUUGCUCUGUUACUGAUGAAGAACCUUCUCCUCCGCUUUGUUAGUGGUGGAGGACCUUCUCCUUCACUCUGUUACUGAUGAAGGACCUUCUCAGCUCUUUUACUGUUGAAGGACCUUCUCCUCUGCUCCUUUAGUGGUGAAGGACAUUCUUUUCUGCACUGUUAGUUGUGAAGGACCUUCUUCUUUGCUCUGUUACAGGUAAAGAACCUUCUCCUCCACUCUUUUAGUGGUGAAGGACCUUCUCCUCAGCUCUGUUACUUGUGAAGGACCCUCUCCUCAGCUCUGUUAGUUGUGAAGGACCUUCUCCUCAGCUCUGUUACUGGUGAAGGACCUUCUUUGCUCUGUUACAGGUGAAGAACCUUCUCCUCCACUCUUUUAGUGGUGAAGGACCUUCUCCUCAGCUCUGUUACUUGUGAAGGACCUUCUCCUCAGCUCUGUUACUGGUGAAGGACUUCUCUGCUCUGUUACUGGUGAAGAACCUUCUUCUCUGCUCUGUUACAGGUGCAGGACCUUUUUCCUUAGCUCUUUUACUGGUGAAGGACCUUCUUCUUCGCUCUGUUACUGGUGAAGGACCUUCUCCUCUGAUCUGUUACUGGUGAAGGACCUUCUCCUCCGAUCUGUUAGUGGUGAAGGACCUUCUCCUCCGAUCUGUUAAUGGUGAAGGACCUUCUCCUCUGCUCUUUUAGUGGUGAAGGACCUUCUCCUCUGCUCUUUUAGUGGUGAAGGACCUUCUCCUCCGCUCUGUUACUGGUGAAGGACCUACUUUUCCACUCUGUUACUGGUGAAGGACCUUCUCCUCUGCUCUGUUACUGGUGAAGGACCUUCUCCUCUGCUCUGUUACUGGUGAAGGACCUUCUUUUCUGCUCUGUUAGUGGUGAAGAACCUUCUCCUCUGCUCUGUUAUUGGUGCAGGACCUUUGUCUUAGCUCUUUUACUGGUGAAGUACCUUCUCCUUCGUUCUGUUACUGGUGACGGACCUUCUCCUCUGAUCUGUUAGUGGUAUAGGACCUUCUCCUUGUUACGCUGAGCGCUCCGGGCACCCUGCUUACCUCGGUGCGCUCACAGCGUGUGUCCCCAGGCAGCGCUCCGGUCACCCGGUCUCGGCGUGCGUGUCCCGCUCUAUAGGGCGCGCGCGUGCCGGGACUCUUAAAUUUAAUGGGCCAGUGCAUCACAGUACCAUCUCCUCCCACAGCUUCCUGACGGAUCUUAGUGCCCUAGAGAAAGCGUUUGUGUGUAUUCCCUGCCUGUUGCUGAACCUGUUGCUAUUGACUACCGCCUGAGAACCGUUGCCGCCUGCCCUGACCUUUUGCUACGUCUGACCUCGCCUCUGCCGGAUCCUAUUGUACCUUGCCUCAUCUCAGCAGCCAGAGAGGUUGAGCCACUACUGGGUGGAACGACCCUGGGGUUACCUGCCGCAGCAAGACCAUCCCGCCUUGUGGCGGGCUCUUGUGAAAACCAGUAACUCCUUAGACUCCAUUCCCCUGGUACAGCCCACGUCAUCUCCUCUCUGGCACAGCAGAUCCACCUCCUGCUCCUGCUAGCUCCUGCCAGUCCGGAUCCUGACAGUAAGAUCCGGCCAUGGAUCCCACUGAGGUGCCUCUACCUAGCCUCUCGGAUCUCACGUCCAUUGUGGCCCAGCAGUCGCAGCAGAUUACCCACCAAGGUCAACAGCUGGCUCAGUUGACCGCCAUGUUUCAGCAACUCCUGCCAGCUCAGCAGCAACCGUCACCCCCACCUGCACCUGCUUCACCACCACUGCCAUCUCCAGCUCCAGAAUCCGCUUGUCCAUGCCAGCCAAGUAUGACGUGAUCCCAAGCUGUGACGCGGAUUUUUGUCGCAAUGCUCCCUCCAUCUUGAGAUGUUGGACGACCAGUUUUCCUCUGAGCGUGCCAAGGUGGCGUUUGUAGUCAGCCUGCUCUCUGGGAAGGCCCUGGCCUGGGCUACACCUCUUUUGGAUCGCAAGGAUCCUGCCACUGCAAGUGUCCAGAGUUUCUUCCGGGAAUUCCGGAGUGUCUUUGAGGAGCCAGCCCGGGUUUCCUCUGCAGAGACUGCAUUACUGAACUUGACCCAGGGAAGUUCUUCAGUGGGCGAUUACGCCAUCCGUUUCCAUACCCUUGCUUCUGAACUCUCCUGGAAUAAUGAGGCACUCUGUGCCACAUUCAAGAAAGGCUUAUCCAGCGAUAUAAAGGAUGUCUUAGCCGCACGAGAAAUGCCUACCUCCCUGGGUGACCUCAUCCACUUGGCCACCAGGAUUGAUUUGCGUUUCGCUGAGAGACGGGAGGAACUUCUUCAGGAAAAGGGAAAUGUUCACCCCAGACGCUAUCCUCGUUUGGCUCCUGUCCUCCUGCAUCCACCGCAACCCUCUACUGGGCCUCCCGCCGAGGUAGCCAUGCCGGUGGAUCGGUCUCGCCUGACCACUCAAGAGAGGAACCGCCGCAGAAACGAGAACCUCUGUUUGUACUGUGCUAGUACAGAGCACUUCCUAAAAGACUGUUCUCUCCGUCCACCGCGCCAGGGAAACGCGCGCACCCUAGUUAACGUUAGACAGGCGUUUCUAGGUGUGAAUACCACCUUUCCACGGCUUACUGUAUCCGUGCGGAUUUCAGUAUCUUCCAAGACAUCCUUUGCUGCCACCGCCUUUCUGGAUUCCGGCUCCGCCGGUAACUUCAUAGACGCCUCGCUGGUCAGCAAGUUCAACAUCCCUGUGGUUCGUGUGCAAAAGUCCUUCUUCAUCUCUGCUGUCAAUGGAGAGAGACUUGACGGCACUGUGCAGUUUCGUACUCAGCCCCUCUAGAUGGAUAUUGGAGUCCUGCAUUCAGAGAAAUUGGAGUUCUAUGUGUUACCUCACUGCACCUCUGAACUUCUUUUAGGACUGCCUUGGCUCCAGCGCCAUUGUCCUAUUCUGGAUUGGUCCUCCGGAGAGGUCCGAAGGUGGGGUUCUUCUUGUUUCGGCAGAUGUUUCAAGCCGGUUCAAGCCAAGUUUGCACCUAUUGUCUCCUCGUCCUCCAGGCCUGCCUGAACCAUAUAUGGACUCUGCGGACGUUUUCUGUAAGAAACAAGCAGAGGUGUUGCCUCCACACGGGCCAUAUGACUGCCCCAUUGACUUGCAGCCUGGUACCACUCCGCCUAGGGGAAGAAUCUUCCCUCUUUCUCCUCCAGAGACUCUUGCCAUGUCUGAAUACAUUCAGGAGAAUUUACAGAGAGGGUUUAUCAGGAAAUCCUCCUCUCCAGCCGGAGCUGGAUUCUUUUUUGUUACCAAGAAAGACGGCACUCAUCGGCCGUGCAUUGAUUAUUGGGGACUUAACAGCAUUACCAUCAAGAACCGUUACACUCUUCCCCUGAUUGCUGAACUUUUUGACCGUCUACAAGGCUCCAAGUUCUUCACUUAGAGGGGCCUACAAUCUUAUUCGAAUUCGAGAGGGUGACGAAUGGAAGACCGAUUUUAAUACCCGAGAUGGUCAUUUUGAGUAUCUGGUCAUGCCCUUCGGACUCUGCAAUGCACCUGCCGUCUUCUAAGACUUCGUUAAUGACAUUUUCAGAGACCUGCGCUACACCUGUGUGGUAGUAUACCUAGAUGACAUGCGUGUGCAUGUCCGUCUUGUACUUUCCUGUCUGAGGAAGAAUCAUCGUCUGUAUGCUAAAUUUGAAAAGUGCCAGUUUGAUCGUACCAGCCUUCCCUUCCUGGGGUACAUGAUUUCUUCCAAGGGUCUUCAAAUGGAUCCUGACAAGCUUUCUGCAGUCCUGGACUAGCCUUGUCCCUCUGGCCUAUGGGCCAUACAGCGAUUUCUAGGUUUCGCUAACUACUACAGACAGUUCACUUACGUAUCUCCCCUUCGUCGCCUGAAAGUACUAAAGUGGGGACAUUCUUCCUUGCUGGCCGGUCAUCCCGGUAUCCGGAAGACCCUUCUUCUCAUCUCCAGACAGUAUUGGUGGCCGUCCAUGGAGAGGGUCGUAACUGAGUUUGUCCAAGCUUGUGCAGUCUGCGCCCAGGACAAGACUCCAUGCCUGAAACCAGCCGGUUUGCUCCACCCUCUCCCAGUUCCUGAGACUCCAUGGUCUCAUAUCGCCAUGGACUUUGUCACCGAUCUGCCACCCUCUCAUGGCAAGACUGUUGUUUGGGUGGUGGUGGACCGUUUCUCCAAAAUGGCACACUUCGUUCCCUUGUCUUCUCUCCCUUCUGCGCCUCAGCUGGUGAGACAGUUCCUUAGCCACAUCUUUCGCCUCCAUGGACUACCAACCCAUAUUGUAUCCAACAGAGGGGUUCAGUUUGUCUCAAUAUUCUGGAGAGCUUUCUGUGGACAACUAAAGAUAAAGCUGGACUUCUCAUCUUCUUACCAUCCUCAGUCCAACGGACAAGUGGAACGCAUCAAUCAGAUUUUGGGAGACUAUCUACGGCACUUUGUCUCUUCCCGCCAGGAUGAUUGGGUGGAUCUCCUACCAUGAGCAGAGUUCUCCUACAACCACAAAUAAUCUUCUGCCACUUCUAAGUCUCUUUUCUUUGUGGUGUAUGGCCGCCACCCUUUGCCGCCUUUGCCUUUGUCUACUUCCUCCGGAGUCCCAGCUGUGGACGAAUUAGUACGGGACUUUUCUGCCAUUUGGCGAGAGACUCGUCUCUCUCUUCUCCAGGCCUCUGCCCGCAUGAAAAUCCACGCCGACAAGAAACGUCCGGCCCCUCCAGUUUUCGUCCCAGGAGACAAGGUGUGGUUGUCCGCCAAAUUUGUACAUUUUAAGAUCCCAAGUUAUAAAUUGGGCCCCCGCUACUUGGGUCCUUACAAGGUCAAGAAAAGGAUCAACCCUGUGUCCUAUCAACUCCAUCUCCCUCCAUCUCUCCCGAUUUCCAACAGCUUCCUUGUGUCUCAUUCUGAAACCUGCCGUAUUUAAUCGCUACUCCCCCAAGGAUCUUCCUCCUACCCCAGUCUCUGGUACCUCAGAUGUCUUUUCCGUUAAACAAAUCUUGGCCGUUAAAUCAGUCAGGGGAAAGAAAUUUUUUCUGGUUGACUGGGACGGCUGCGGUCCUGAGGAGAGAUCUUGGGAGCCAGAGAAGAACAUCCUGGACGGCAGUCUCAUUCUCAAGUUCUUGGGUACCAAAUAGAGCGGGAGACCUCGGUGCGCUCACAGCGUGUGUCCCCAGGCAGCGCUCCGGUCACCCGGUCUCGGCGUGCGCGUCCCCACUCUAUAGGGCGUGCGCGUGCCGGAACUCUUAAAUUUAAAGGGCCAGUGCAUCAGUGAUUGGUGCCUGGUCCAAAGUGGUUAAUCUAGGGUUAAAGGUUCUGCUUUGACUUAAUUAGGCCUACACCUGUGCACUGCCUAUAAGUACCAUCUCCUCCCACAGCUUCCUGCGGAUCUUUGUUGCCUUAGUGCCCUAGAGAAAGCGUUUGUGUGUAUUCCCUGCCUGUUGCUGAACCCCUUGCUAUUGACUACCGCCUGAGAACCGUUGCCGCCUGCCCUGGCCAUUUGCUACAUCUGACUUGGCCUGUGCCUGAUCCUCUUGUACCUUGCCUCAUCUCCGCUGCCAGAGAGGUUGAGUCGCUACUGGGUGGAACGACCUGGGGGUUACCUGCCGCAGCAAGACCAUCCCGCUUUGCGGCGGGCUCUGGUGAAAACCAGUAACUCCUUAGACUCCGUUCCCCUGGUACAGCCCACGUCAUCUCCUCUCUGGCACAGCGGAUCCACCUCCUGCUCCUGCCAGCUCCUGCCAGUCCGGAUCCUGACACUCCUCCACUCUAUUAGUGGUGAAGGACCUUCUUCUCUGCUCUGUUACUGGUGAAGGACCUUCUCCUCUGCUCUGUUAGUGGUGAAUGAUCUUCUCCUCCGAUCUGUUCCUGGUGAAGAACCUUCUCCUCUGCUCUGUUCCUGGUGAAGAACCUUCUCCUCUGUUCUGUUACUGGUGAAGGACCUUCUUCUCAGCUCUGUAAGUGGUGAAGGACCUUCUCCUACGCUUUGUUACAGGUAAAGGACCUUCUCCUCCACUCUUACUGGUGAAGGACCUACUUUUCCACUCUGUUAGUGGUGAAGGACCUUCUCCUAUGCUCUGUUACUGGUGAAGGACCUUUUCCUCUGCUCUGUUACUGGUGAAGGGCCUUCUCCUCAGCUCUGUUACUGGUGAAGAACUUUUUUCUCCACUCUGCUAGUGGUGAAGGACCUUCUUUUCUGCUCUGUUAGUUGUGAAGGACCUUCUUCUUUGCUCUGUUACAGGUGAAGAACCUUCUCCUCCACUCUGUUAGUGGUGAAGGACCUUCUCCUUCACUCUGUUACUGGUGAAGGACCUUCUCCUCAGCUCUGUUACUUGUGAAGGACCUUCUCUUCAGCUCUGUUACUGGUGAAGGACCUUCUCCGAUCUGUUACUGGUGAAGGACCUUCUUCUCUGCUCUGUUACUGGUGAAGGACCUUCUUCUCUGCUCUGUUAGUGGUGAAGGCCUUCUCCUCUGCUCUGUUACUGGUGAAGGACCUUCUUCUCUGCUCUGUUAGUGGUGAAGGACCUUCUUCUCUGCUCUGUUACUUGUGAAGGACCUUCUCUUCAGCUCUGUUACUGGUGAAGGACCUUCUCUGCUCUGUUAGUGGUGAAGGACCUUCUCUGCUCUGUUACUGGGGAAGGACCUUCUUCUCUGCUCUGUUAGUGGUGAAGGACCUUCUUCUCUGCUCUGUUAGUGGUGAAGGACCUUCUCCUCAGCUCUGUUAGUGGUGAAGGACCUUCUUCUCUGCUCUGUUAGUGGUGAAGGACCUUCUCCUCAGCUCUGUUACUGGUGAAGAACCUUCUCCUCCACUCUGUUACUGGUGCAGGACCUUUUCCUUAGCUCUUUUGCUGGUGAAGGACCUUCUCCUCCGAUCUGUCACUGUUGAAGGACCUUCUCCUGCACCCUAGCACAUCGCAUAAUGGAGUGAAUGAUGAACAGGGUGUAGAAUGGGAGCGUUUUUUAUUUUUAUGAAAGGGACCUGUAUCGGUAUUGGUUCAUCCCUACUGGUAGGGUUUGGGGUCAUUCACUGGAAAUAUUUGUAGGGUAGUUUUUGGUUAUUUUUCCGCACCUGUCACAAUGAUGAUCACUGUGUAACAAAAGGUUAUUGUGAACACCUCAAACACCCGUGUGGUCUUAUUAACGAAUCCGGUUGGUAUUUGCACAUUGUAUGGGGUGGUUAUAGGAGUAUACAUGUUACUGUGCGAUAUUAGGGGCAGUCAUCAAGAUCUGUCUACGUGGUAGACAUUGUUCUGCAUUGAGAGAGAUUGGACACCAAAGUCCAGUGGUCUCCAAACUGUAGACCUCCAACUGUUGCAAAACUUCAACUCCCAGCAUGCCUAGAGAGCCAACCGCUGUCCGUGCAUGCUGGGAGUUGUAGUUUUGUAACAGCUGGAGGCACCCUGGUUGGGAAACACUGUCCUAGAGACAACUUCCAGCAUGCCUGGACAGACAAAGGCUUCUGAGAUAAGAGGGAAGCCUUGAUUUAUCUUAUAGGGACAGUGUCUAUCCUCUGGAGGGGGCAGACAGACCUUUGGCUAUCCGGACAUGCCGGAAGUUGUAGUUUGUAACAGCUGAAGGCCCCCAUUCUUUGGGAAACACUGUCUUAGGGACAAUUCAUAGCAUUCCCCGACAGCCAAAAGCUGCUGAGAUAAGAGGAAAGCCUUGAUUUACUUUUCAUGGGCUGUGUGGAUCCUCUGGGGGAGGUAGACAGGCUGUUGGCUGUCCAGGCAUGCUGGGUGUUGUAGUUUUCUACACUUUGGAGACCUCUGACAUGGUCUGUAGAUCCUGCCACAAAAUGGGCGAAUAACAUGUUGCUUUGCUCGGUGCCAUUACUUGUCCGGACAGGGAACAUGCAUAUAGAAUAACCUUGUGCCAAAUGUAAGAUCCCUGUUCUGCAUGAAUCCAGAUUCUAGAUCUGAUCGUCUUAAAUCUUCUGUGAUCAUGAAUUCGCUUUCAGCCGCUGCAGAGGACGAAACGCUCGGGUUGUCUGUGGCUUCUAAAUUCUUGCGAUCUGUGUUCCCAAAUCUAUAAAAAAUAUAUGUAUUGAAAAUCGA